CCUGUUGUUAAGACGCUGUGAGGUGAAACAGAAACCAGUGGGUCAGCGUGUCAUGUGUCACAAGCCAAUACAGGAAGUACCUGGUAGCUGCUGGCACGCUAAACAAUAGCAAUGAAGAUACGAGUAACUUAGCGAAUAAGAAGUGUCUCCGUGCCAUACAUAAUUCAAUUAAUGUGGAUGCCACCGGACUUCGUAAAAAACGAAUGUUACCAUAAUGGAAAGAGCUGUCAGAAUCAUCAUUUUAUCGGUCAUUUUCUUGGCAUCGCAGAUAAACUGCCAAGAGGCGAUCUUGCACAUUUCAAAUGGAAGUACAGAUAGGGAGUACUGCAUUGUCCACAAUCACUCCUGGACCCCCCUGUCAGAAACCCUUGAUGCUGCUUUGCAGUAUCCAUUGGUGAAUAUGACCUCCACUGUGCUGUGUAAUGCCACUGGGGUCAGUCCAGAUGUGGUAAAGGGCAAAGCGUUGGUAGUGAUGAGGGGCGACUGUGGUUUCAGCCAGAAAGCUCUGGUUGCUCAGAGCCUCGGAGCUACAACUUUGCUCAUUGCCAGCAGCAAAUCAUUGAUCACUCCAUCAGCCAAUGACUCCGAGUAUGCAAAGAUCCAUAUUCCUCUGGCUCUCAUGAGGUACAGGGACUUACUUGAAGCACAGCAGGUGUUUGGUGAAGGGAUGCAGGUGAAGCUUUAUGCUCCACCUCACUCAAAGAUUGAUGCAAGCAUUGCGGUCAUGCUACUGAUUGCCAUUGUCACGGUCGCCUUGGGCGGCUACUGGAGCGGGGCAGGUGAGAGAGACCGGUUAAAUGGUGUUGGGCCACGAGGAGGAGGGGGAGAGAGCAAAGCAGACAGCGGAGAGCUUUUCCUGUACUCUCCUCUCAAAGUGGUCUUCUUUGUCGCCCUGAUGUGUGGGAUGCUGGUACUCAUGUACUUCUUCUACAAUGUCCUUGUCUACGUCAUUAUUGGCAUAUUCUGCCUGGCGUCUGCCUCUGCACUGUUCAGCUGUCUAGAUGCAGUGAUGGAAAAACUUGGUUGUGGCACUGGGAGCUUCUCUAUCCGGAAUUUCAACCUCUCAGUGAGGUCUCUCAUACUGGCUGCUGUCUGCAUUAGCAUUGCUGUGGUCUGGGGAGUCUACAGGAAUGAAGACAGAUGGAUCUGGAUCUUGCAGGACCUCCUUGGCAUUGCUUUCUGCCUCAACUUCAUGAAGACCAUUUCACUGUCCAACUUCAAGAUCUGUGUGAUUCUGCUGAGCCUCCUGCUUGUGUAUGACGUCUUCUUUGUUUUCAUCACUCCUUUCUUUACCAAGAAUGGAGUUAGCAUCAUGGUGCAGGUUGCCCUGGGCCCCGAUGCAUCAGGAGAGAAGACGCAAGGUAACAUGGUGGAGGUCCCCGCUGAACCCCAGGCUCCCUCUGAGAAACUGCCAGUGGUGAUGCGUGUCCCACGGUUCUCAGCCUGGGCUCAGAACUUGUGCGGGAUGCAGUUCUCCAUUCUGGGUUAUGGAGAUAUCAUUGUUCCAGGUCUCCUGGUGGCCUACUGCAGCAGAUUUGAUGUUUGGAUCAACAGCAGCAAGAAGAUCUACUUCGUCAGCUGCUGCAUAGCCUAUCUGCUGGGAAUGAUAGUAACAUUUGCUGUGAUGCUGCUGUCAGGGAUGGGCCAGCCCGCCCUACUCUACCUGGUGCCCUUCACCCUGAUUACCUCCGCCGUGGUGGCCGGGUGUAGGGGAGAGAUGAGGCAGUUCUGGGCUGGAACCACCUAUGAGGUCUUGGACUCAUCCAGGGAACCUUUGAUGCCAGAGGGAAGAACUGACUGCUCCGUAGGAGGAGAAAGAUGCUGACUUACAGUAAUGAGAAUGGACCCUACUGCUGGAUGCUUCUUUUUUUACAUUUUAAUAUUACAUUUGCAAAGCAAGGGAACAUAUGUUAUUGAUCAACAUAUUCCCAAACAGUGUGGGUUCAUUUGACUGCUGUGAAUGAUUAGAAGGCUAAUAAAUACUCUAGGCUUGUUUAGUGCCUGAAAGGUCUGUUAGGCUCACGUUCAGAAAACUGUAACGACUUGGCCUCGGUGAUGAUUGCAUACAAAAAAAUGAGAAAGCACUUUAUACUAUCCAGCUUGACAGUUUCAUCAGGGUGGGGUGGGUUUUAAAUUACUUGUAGCCACAAUAUGAAGUUUUUGAUAACUGUUUUGGGGAUUUAUGUGUAACCUGUUUGUAUGAUGGGAUUUAUUUCAUUGCCUUAUAUUAAAAGGAACUUAAAUUUAA